CAUCCUCUCUGAUCACAAGAAAAUUUGAAAUUUUUACGUUUGUAACAUCUUACGUACACAUCACUGACAUUCGCUGACAUCGGUCGGACACAUCAUAUCUUGAUAUUCAUGCACCAUGUCAAACUGCGCCCGACAUCUCUCGGCAAAUUUGCCUGAUUUUGUUCUUUUCAGUUUUUUCCUGUUCUUUCCUCGUUUGCAGUUGUCUUUCAUCUGUUUGUACGCUUCAUGUUGCAUGCGAUAAACAAAACAGAGCGAAGUGUGUGCACGUAUUGAACGUUGCAAUGCAUAGUAACGUGUAAUUUGUUCGGCAGCAUUAACAAUUCGUAAAUUAAUAUGAGGGAAAUCGAGCAAGAAACAGAAAUUUACGUGGCCACCGACGAGAAAAAAUUAAUUGUUUCACUUUCCGUUGAACAGACUAUCGAGGAUCUUUGCAUUAAGGUAUGCAAGAGUCUUGGAAUAGGUCCGAGAGCAAGACAUUUGUUUGCAUUACGAUGUCACAUUUCAAAGUUAUGGUAUCCUUAUGGCCACAAGUUAGAUAGCACAGAGAAUCAGUUUGAUUUUUACUUAAGAUUCAAACCAUCCAGCUUGCAGAUAUUGAAAGAAACAGAUAUGCAAGCUUACAAUUAUUAUUUUAUGCAAGCUCGGAUGGAUAUAUUGAAUAAUAAAGUACCUGAUAUCGUUUAUGAGAAGCAUAAACGUGAAUUAAUCGGCCUAGGAGUUAGUGAUAUGUACAGAGUUAUACUUGAGAAGAAUCAAUCAAGAGAAAGUGUAGAGUCAGAAUAUAAAAAAUAUAUUCCAAAAGAAUGUAUAAAAAGGCAUGCCUUUUUUAUUAAAAAACCUAUUCGCAAUGCGUUGGAAAUAUGUGCAAGCAGUUUGCACGAUGCUUCGUAUGUUAAGGAGCAGUAUUUGAAGCAGUUUGAGUGUAUAGCUCCGAAUUAUCCUUACGAAGAAUAUAAAGCGUCAAUGGAUAAAGAGGAUAGCAAUACAUCAGUUAAAGUGUUACUUAGGGUUAACGCGGAGAAUGUAAGAUAUUGUGAGACUGACAUUGGUACAUGGAAAAUACUUUGUGCAAUAGAGGACCUUUGUUUCAUUUCUAUAAGUUCUUCCAGUUCAAACUUCUCCGAUGUAGAAGUUUCAAGGAAAAACGGCAUACCAUCCUAUUUGAGAUUUGAGACAAAGGAAAUAUUAAUGUCUUUCGUAUCCGCGUUGGAUGGAUAUUAUCGCUUAUCAAUUAAGUGGACUUUCAAUCUCUGUAGAAAUGUUAUCACACCUACUCUGGAUAAGUUAUACAAAUCAAGGUGCCAUGGACCAAUUGGAGAAGAGUUUUCAUAUAUAAAACUCAGGGAAAAACGUUCCAAUCGGCCGGGAACUUACAUACUGCGCGAGAGCGAAACUGAAUACAACGUCUACUAUAUGGACGUUUGCGGCAAGGACGGUCAGUUAUUGUCGCACAGAGUGGAGCUCACUGAAUCUAACAAAUUUUUGAUAGUGGGCACCGACCAGAGCUAUGAAUCUCUGGGGCACUUGGUUUACUCAUUGCGAGAUCCUACCAGUUCGCUAUAUCUUGAAGAAUGUUUGCCACCUUCGGAAUAUGACAGAUCGCCAUUACUGAUGUGCGCGUCGGAGAAUAUCGUGAGCGAAGUGGCGGUGAACGAGGAGAUAAUCACCACUCUGUUGGAGGGAGGACCGCGGUGCGUGCCUCCGGAUCAAUUGCAAGAAUACGAAACCAAGAGUGCUGAGAAUUUGACUGGCACGCAAUCGGCGACGACCUUGUGCCGGGCGAUGUGGCGAGUCGCUAAAGGCAAAAAACUCGAAGUGGCGAUGAAAAUACUCAAAACAGAGAACUAUGAGGACACCAAAGAAUUUUUGGAGCUGGCCGGCAAGUGGGGCCAAUUGCGAUCGGGCGCUCUAGUCAGAUUAUACGGUAUAACUGUGGCCCCAACAAUCGGAAUGCUGCUGGAAUUGGUGAUGCUAGGUCCGCUAGACAGGUACUUGUGGGAAAACUCUUUGAUCGUGAAAACAGUUGAUCUGGUAGAAGCUACUGCUUGUCUAGCAACCGCUCUGUGGCAUUUGGAGGAGAAUCAUAUAGUUCAUGGAAACAUAAGGUGCGAGGCGCUUUUUGUGCAAUCACAUACUGAUAAUCAUUUCAGUGUCAAAUUAGGAGAUCCAGGUCUCUUUACUUACAUUCUGGAGAAAGAUAUAUAUUGGAUACCGCCAGAAUGUCACGAGGAUGUGCAAUCCGCAAAAUACAGUCUUCAAGCAGACAUAUGGGCUUCAGGUACGACUAUCUGGCAGAUAUUCUCCAAAGGACAACGCCCGUAUUUUGACAAAGAGAUAGAUGCUAUCAAGAAGUUUUACCAACAAGGAUUAGGAUUACCCAUGCCCGAUGGUUGUCCGAAUGAAAUCUACACAUUGAUGUUGGAAUGUUGGGGCAGGGGUAACACAUUGAGGAAACAACCGCAGGCCAUCAUGCGAGAUGUCAAUCAAAUUCUGUAUCAAGUUUACAAUUCCCGUAGAACUCACACUUACGAAUUUCCCAAACUCCUCAUUGACUUCCACAAAAAGGAGGAAAAUGGAACGGAUACGGAAGAAACCAAGUCGAACAGUGAAUCGCACGUGAGCAGCAUGGUCACUGAUAAUACUAGCGUAACUAUGGAAGAUGGUGACGACGCUACAAAUCAGUUAGUAAAUGUUAACGAGAGUUGCGUCGGCAACGUGAACGGACUACCGUUUUACAUGUAUUGGCCGGACAGUGCGGAUGGUAGCACCGGGCAAAUUCCUCCCAGCAGCCAUCGCGGUGCGACCCAAAAUAGCUUCCGCAGCACGGCACGAUUCAACAACGGACACGCCGCUGAUAACGGCAGUAUCGGCGGCGGUAGCAACAGCAGCACUCUUUGCCAGGACGCUUGUCAGGAGACAACCGGCUUUGAGUUAGACGCGGGCUACGAAGUGAUUUCGCAAGGACGUAUAGGUCAAGGCUUCUACGGCGAGGUGUUUAGGGGCACGAUGUACCACGACGGUACGGCGCAGGAAGUGGCUAUCAAGAAACUCAAGACGCGCGCGGAAGCGAGCUUGCUCGACUUUGAGAGAGAAAUUAACAUUAUGAAGACUCUCCAGCACGAUAAUAUCGUGAAAAUUCUCGGCGCGGUGUGGGACCCAGAUGCUCAACUGAUUAUGGAAUACGUCAAACAUGGCUCGCUGCACGGUUAUUUGCACAUUAAUCGACAGAGUCUCACACACAAGAAGCUACUUCGUUUCGCCCUGGAUAUCGCCACGGGCAUGGAAUAUCUCGGCUUCAAGUCCAUCGUUCACCGGGAUUUAGCGGCGAGAAAUAUUCUGGUGGCAAACGAGAAUCAGGUGAAAAUCAGCGACUUCGGCCUCGCGCAAAUGACAGGCGACAACGAUUAUUAUAUACUUCAAACCAACCGCGAUCUUCCGAUAAAAUGGUACGCGCCGGAGAGCUUACGCGACGGCAAGUUCUCCACGCGUUCGGACGUGUGGUCGUUCGGCGUGACGAUGUUCGAGACCUUUAGCUUCGGCGCGGAUCCAAAGCUACCAGAGAUUGGAUCGAAUUGUAGGAACAGCGCCCAGAGGGAGGUCAACGAGGGCAGUGAGUUAUUAAUCGCAUUGGAACGUGGCACCCGUCUUCCUUGUCCAUCCACAUGUCCGCUGGAAGUCUAUGUGAAUCUGAUGCGCCCGUGCUGGAAUUUGCAGAGCCAUGCGAGACCGCGUUUUACCAAGCUGUGCGCGACCAUCUCGGAACUGCUCAAGCGAUAUUAGAAUACCUCUGUGCUGGCUCUGGACGAGCUGUGUCUGAGACGCUGCAGAAGUAUGCUGACAUCCACUCCGAAUUUUAAUGAAAGAUUUUUUAGAUAAAUCUUAACACAUUGUUGACGGGAGACGCGAAGCGGCGUCUUGCAUUUUUUAACGUUUUUUUUACAUUGUUUUGUAUAGGUGCAUGCAUAUUUGACAUGUUUUCCGAAAAUGUGCGAGAACUGAGGCAAGAUCCAUUUCACAGUGUACCGUCAACAAUGUGUCAAGCUGAUUUCUGUUUUCUUUUUCUUACAAUUUUACGGAAAAUUGUUGACAUAUCGAUAUGUUCUUUAGAUCAUUUGUUGUAAAAAAUAUUUCAAAAUCAAAGAAUCUGUUGUUAAAAUUGCGAGUGCACUUUUUUUACAGUAUGACAUAUGUUGUAUCUAGUAGUGCUGUCACUUAGAACCGUCGGAUAACUACUUGCGCGCGUGUACCCGAAUAGCCGAAUAUUGACAGCAUUAAUAUCUAGUCGACGUGUUUGUCGCUUUUUUAUUAUGUACUGUGUGUAAUAUAUAGCCUGAGUAUUUUUUUUUUAA